GCCCGCGCCCCGGGGCUCACGAUCACCGCACCGCCCGGCCGCAGAAACCGGCGUGGGGAUCUGCGGGCGCGUCCUAUCCCUUGCCAUCUCGGAUUGCUCCGCCCGCCGCAGCCCGACUUCCCCUCCCUCUCUGGGUCCCUGCCCUCCUCCCUCUCUUCUUCCCUCCCGCCCUCCGGCGCCGGACACGCUGAGCCUCUUCUCUCGGGGCGCCCUUCCCCUCGGCCAGCCGUCGCAUCCCGCGCAGCUUUGGGACGGAGAGUGGCGGUUGAGUGUUGAAUGUUCCGCUCCGAGAGCUCAUGGCUGUGGAAGCGAGGCGAGGGCCGGGCCCCCGAGGGGCCGCCGUCUGGGAGGCGGUGAUGUUUCUGUUGUGCUCGGGAGUCCCGACCGGGCGCCCCUACAACGUGGACACGGAGAGUGCGCUGCUCUACAAGGGACCCCCCAACACCCUGUUUGGCUACUCGGUGGUGCUGCACAGCCACGGGGAGAACCGAUGGCUCGUAGUCGGGGCGCCCACUGCCAACUGGCUCUCCAACACUUCAGUGGUCAAACCUGGGGCUAUUUACAGAUGCAAGAUUGGGAAGAAUCCAGCCAGGACCUGUGAACAGCUCCAGCUAGGUAGUCCUUUCGGAGAUCCUUGUGGAAAGACUUGCUUGGAAGAAAGAGAUAAUCAAUGGCUGGGGGUCACGCUUUCCAGACAGCCUGGAGAAAACGGCUCCAUUGUGACUUGUGGGCAUAGAUGGAAAAAUAUAUUUUACAUAAGGACUGAGUCUAAGCUCCCCACGGGUGUUUGCUAUGGAAUGCCUUCUGAUUUACGAACAGAACUGAGUAAGAGAAUAGCUCCAUGCUAUCAAGAUUUUGUGAAACAAUUUGGAGAGACUUUUGCAUCAUGUCAAGCUGGAAUAUCUAGUUUUUACACAGAGGAUUUAAUUGUGAUGGGAGCUCCAGGAUCAUUCUAUUGGACUGGCUCUCUUUUUGUAUACAAUAUGACUACAAAUAAAUACAAGGCUUUCUUAGACAAACACAACCAAGUAAAAUUUGGAAGUUAUUUAGGCUAUUCAGUUGGAGCUGGUCAUUUUCGCAGUCAGCACAGUACUGAGGUAGUUGGAGGAGCCCCUCAACAUGAACAGAUUGGUAAAGCUUACAUAUUCAGCAUUGAUGCAAAAGAACUAAAUAUCUUACAUGAAAUGAAAGGUAAAAAGCUUGGGUCUUAUUUUGGAGCAUCUAUCUGUGCCGUGGACCUCAACGCAGAUGGCUUCUCAGACCUACUCGUGGGAGCUCCCAUGCAGAGCACCAUCAGGGAAGAAGGAAGAGUGUUUGUGUACAUCAACUCUGGUUCCGGAGCAGUAAUGAAAGAAAUGGAAACAGAGCUCAUUGGAAGUGACAAAUAUGCUGCAAGAUUCGGGGAAUCUAUAGUCAGUCUUGGCGACAUUGAUAAUGAUGGCUUUGAAGAUGUUGCUAUUGGAGCCCCACAGGAAGAUGACUUGCAAGGUGCGAUUUAUAUUUACAAUGGCCGAGUAGAUGGGAUCUCAACAACCUUCUCACAGAGAAUUGAAGGACGUCAAAUCAGUAAAUCAUUAAGUAUGUUUGGACAGUCUAUAUCUGGACAAAUUGAUGCAGAUAACAAUGGAUAUCUAGAUGUAGCAGUUGGUGCUUUUCGGUCUGAUUCUGCUGUGUUGCUAAGGACAAGACCUGUAGUGAUUGUUGAAGCUUCUUUGAACCAUCCCGAGUCAGUAAAUAGAACAAAUUUUGACUGUAUUGAAAAUGGAUUGCCCUCUGUGUGCAUGGAUCUGACACUCUGUUUCUCAUAUAAGGGCAAAGAGGUUCCGGGAUAUAUUGUUUUGCUUUAUAACAUGAGCCUGGAUGUGAACCGAAAGGCAGAGUCUCCGUCGAGAUUUUACUUUUCUUCCAAUGGAACUUAUGAUGUGAUUACAAGAAGCAUAAAAGUACAGAGCAAAGCAACUAGCUGCCAAACACAUCGAGCGUUUAUGCGGAAAGAUGUACGGGACAUCCUCACCCCAAUUCAGAUUGAAGCCACUUACCACCUGGGACAUCAUGUCGUCAGUAAACGAAGUAUAGAGGAAUUCCCUCCACUUCAGCCAAUUCUGCAGCAGAAGAAAGAAAAAGACAUCAUUGAGAAAACAAUAAACUUUGCCAGAUUUUGUGCUCAUGAAAACUGUACUGCUGAUUUACAGGUUUCUGCAAAAAUUGGAUUUUUGAAACCACAUGAAAAUAAAACCUAUCUCGCUGUUGGAAGUAUGAAGACAUUGAUGUUGAACGUGUCUUUAUUUAAUGCUGGAGAUGAUGCGUAUGAGACAACUCUGCAUAUCAAGCUCCCCACCGGUCUUUACUUCAUUAAGAUUUUAGAUCUGGAAGAGAAACAAAUAAACUGUGAAGUGACAGACGGCUCCGGCGUAGUGAGACUUGACUGCAGGGUUGGUUAUAUAUAUGUAGAUCAUCUAUCAAAGACAGAUGUUAGUUUUCUUCUGGAUGCCAGCUCACUCAGCAGAGCAGAAGAGGAUCUCAACAUCACAGUACAUGCCGCCUGUGAAAAUGAAGGGGAAACAGGCGAUGUCAAGCAUAAUAAGGUGACUGUGACAAUACCUCUUAAGUAUGAAGUCAUGCUAACAGUUCACGGGUUUGUAAGUCCAGCUUCAUUUAUGUAUGGACCAAAGGAGGAAAAUGAGUUUGAAAUGUGCGUGACAGAGAAAAUGAACUUCACUUUCCACGUCAUCAACACCGGCCAAAGCAUGGCUCCAAAUAUUAGUGUGGAAAUAAUGAUACCAAAUUCUUUUAGUCCCCGAACCGACAAGCUGUUCAACGUUUUGGAUGUCCAGACUACUGCUGGAGAAUGCCAUUUUAAGAAUUAUCAAAGAAAGUGUGCAUUAGACCAGCAAAAAGGCACAAUGGAGACCCUUAAAGAUAUAUUCAGAUUUCUGUCAAAGACUGAUAAGAGGCUCCUGUACUGCAUGAAAGCUGAUCCGUAUUGCUUAGAUAUCUCAUGCCAUUUUGGGAAAAUGGACAGUGGAAAAGAAGCCAGUGUUCACAUUCAGUUGGAAGGUCGGCCAUCCAUUUUAGAAAUGGAUGAGACUAGAGCACUGAAGUUUGAAAUAAGAGCAACAGCUUUUCCGGAGCCAAAUCCCAAAGUUAUUGAAUUAAAGAAGGAAGAGAAUGUUGCCCAUGUUCUCCUCGAAGGACUACAUCAUCAAAGACCCAGACGCCAUUUCACUAUAAUGAUUAUUUCAAGUAGCUUGCUCCUUGGACUUAUUUUACUUUUCCUCAUUUCUUAUGUUAUGUGGAAGGCUGGCUUCUUCAAAAGACAGUACAAAUCUAUCCUACAAGAAGAAAACAGAAGAGACAGUUGGAGUUACAUUAACAGUAAAAGUGAUAAGGAUGAGUGAAGACUUAUUUCAAGUUAACAGAACAACUCAGGUUACAAUAUAUUAAACAAAAAUUUUAGAUAUUGUUUACAAGAAACCAUGAAUUCUGCUCAGACUUCAUGUACUUCUUUUAAUAAUGACCAUGUGACAUAUUAUGUCUUCAUCAUUGCUUGGACUUUUCAACUGCAUUAUCUUUGGAUAUAUUACAGUAUUACCUUUGGAGUUAUUUUCUCUCAGACGAUAAUCUUGCAGCUCUAAAAUGGAUAUAAAAACACUAAAGCAUCAACUUAUUCAAGAGAAGUAAUCCCUGGAGGAUAUCUUGAAAGUGCAUUAGAAUUAAAAUUAUGUGGAGGAAGUAAACAACUCAUCUGGAGAAGACUUAGACUUGUAGUAUUAUUCCUUUGAAAGAAAUACUAUUCACCAUAUGUGUUUGCUUUGGUAAAAUUAAUUCCACCCAGUAGGCAAUGACUCAUUCCUAAUAGCUCUUUGAGAAUUGUUUGGAAUAUGUUCUCUAGAAAUAUUUAGCAGAAUUUUUCAACACGCUGUCACCAAAUUUUCUAAUGAAUAGAAAAGAACCACUAUCACUUUAAAGCAGAUAUCUUUAAAGACACUGAUUUGUAAUCUAUUUCCUAUGAGCUUUGAUCAGCAACCAGUCUAUGAAUAUUAUGGUCUGAUGAGCAAACUUCAGACUGAACUUAUACACUGGUUUGAGCUUAAAGGGGUGAUUCCUGGAUAAUUAUUGUUUAUACUGCCAUGUAUUUUUUUCUUUUUGUACAUAUAUGUUCUUUUAGAAACAUUAUGUAUAUAUAUAUAUUUAUAUAGGUAUAAAUCCAAUAAGUCUUUCUGUAACACAAUUUUAUCAAGGUAAAGGUACUGAAGAGUAAAUUUUAAAAAUCCAUCUUUAGUCAAAUUUUUUUGUUUAUAAAAACAAUACUUAGAAUUCUAAUUUAUAUUCUAAAACAGAUUGAAUGUUGCACUUUAGCUGAUAUUUGAAAUAUACAUACACUGAUAUAUGUAAAAUAUGAAAACUGUACCUCACUGAGUUUUUAAAAAUCAGAGCCUUCCAAAGAUGAUAUUGGGGACAAAUAUUUCAUAUAAAUUAGAUACUGUUUAAAAUGCGGACUGUCAAAAUUCAGCCAAUAGAUAAAUUCUUGUUUGGAUGUUAUUCUUUUCUCAAGUGUAAGUAUGAAAUGUACUUUCACCAGUGCUAUAAGGGCAUUCUCUUCUGCAUGGAACUAGAAAACAAAAUUCACAAAUUUACCUGUAAAUUGAAAAAUGUAGAUUUAGCUUGGAUAAAAAUAUGACACGAAAAUUUCCAUGUUUUAGUGAUAAGUGAAACAUUUUAAGUUUUUUGUUGAUCUUACAUACUUUUAUAAUGAAGUAGUUUCUUUCUGGGUCUAAAAUAAUUUAUCUUUAAAUGUCUCUUUAUUUUCAAAUAGAGUCUUUUUUUGUAAUAUUUAUUCUUACGUAUAAACUAAAUGCUGAUAACUGCAGAACAUAAUUUCAUCUGAUUUAUUUCUACAUCUAACUUGAUAUGAAGGUUGUGGCCAAAUUUUCAAAAUCUGUCAUGGGACGUGAUAAGUUAGGGGCCGCUCUUUACUGUUAUGGAAAAGGAUUUCUUCAUAUGAGGUCCCUGCCAACAGCUGUCUUCUUCAGACUGCUUCAUUUCUGCUAUCUGUUAACAUACUGGUGGCUGGAAAAGGAGAAAUGCACAGCAGUCGGUGAAGGCAUUUCAGCAGCAAGACCCAGUGAGCAUGAAACCUUCUUAACUUGGUGUGUAACCAAUAGAAGUUAAAAUUUUUAAAGUAGUUCUUUCAAGAAAAUAUCUAGGCUCAUUGAUAGAAAAUCAAAUACAGAUUUAAAGCUGCUUUCUCAAGGAUGAUCCCUGAGGAAAUUUAAAUCUGGUUCUUUCCUACUAGAAAUAACAGCAUUUCAGGUAGCACUGAGUACAGUGUAAACAACAUGCUAGAAUCGUCAGGCAGCACGGCUUUCAGGAGCAAGAGGAACACAGCUCCCUACGGGGCCAGGUUAUGACUCCUUAUAUAUUUUGCAUACUUAUAUAUUUUAUAUACUUUGUGUAUAAUGGACUUCAAACUCCAAUCACUUUGAGUUUUCAGUUUUCAGAGACCGCCACAAAAUUGGUGCUAUAACUUUAAUCCAUCUUUUUUGUUUUUGCCAAGUAGUCUACAUAUUAGAGAUUUUUGAGGGAAAAGAAAAUAGUACUAUUUCUGGUUAUAUGAUUUCCUAAAUGUGUAAUUUUGAAAUAUAAUCUUGCUGGAAUACUUACCUCAUCAGGAUAUCAGAACAUUCUUACAUGAACUCUGAUCUGUUGGUACCAGGCUACUGAAAUUUAACAUCAGAAUUGAUGGACUCAAAUCCAGGAAGAAAGAAUCCAAAUUAUUUCACUUUGGAAUUAAUGUAUGUUAAAUAUUGAUAUAGCUUGUUUAAAUUUCAAAUACCGGAGAUGUUUAUUUUCCAUUCCAAUAAAUACUCUCCAAAAA